UCAACACCCAAUCCCGGACGCCCACCACAGUCUCUUGACCCUUUGCUUGAUAGCUCGUCCCCAUCCAUUUUACUUGACAGCACUCGCUUCAUCACAGUUAAAAUGGGAGCUACUUUCAAUGACCCCAAUCGUCGCCACACCGGCGUGGCCUCUGGAUACCCCACCGUAACCGAGUCCCUCAACUCCAUUGCUGCUGCCAAUGCCGCGAUGAUGCCAGAUGGCAUGGGCCAGAUGAUUAACCAGUUUCAGUGUCUGAGCUUUCCUGCCGGAGCAUACGUCCCUACUGCUGAUCCCACCAACAUGGUCUACAACCCUUACAGCCAGAUCCAUCAUCUCGCCGGUCAGGCUGCCGCCUAUGAUCCCAUGGUUCAGUAUCACCUAGGCACCGGUUUCCCUAUCGCUCAUCCCCAGACCGCUCUGAUGGGUCCUAGCACUCCCCGCAACUUGGCUGCCGCUCAUGUUCCUCGCGAGCUUCCCACUCUUGAGAAUCGACGCAGCUCUUACUCGACCUCGGCUACCGAGUCGACGCCUGCUACCCCUUUCUUUGGCGCGGCUGGUGAUCGUGCCCACGGUGCUCGCGUUCUUUCCACUGACCGCUCGACGUUCACGACCCCUUCCCCCCAGCAGGUUCUCAGCUCCGCCGUUCUUGGUACAAUCUCUGCCAAACCUACGCCCGUUCAAGAUCCUGAGCUCGAUCGCCUUCUCAUGCAAGACCCCGCGAUUCCCCGUGCCGUCCCUGCGGUCUUUACGGAUCAUGUCAAGACGCUUGAGCAAUGUCUCGAGAAUCGCAUUUCUGGCAACAAGAAUGUCUACAUCCGUGGCCUUCAUCCUACCACAGACGAUGAUCUGCUCCUGCGCUAUGCCUCUCGCUUCGGCGAGGUAGAGCAGUCCAAGGCAAUUAUCGACACUAGCACUGGUGCUUGUAAAGGCUUCGGAUUCGCCAAGUUCAAGGACAUUGCUGACUCCCAGAAGUGCAUCCGCGGCUUCUACCGUCUUGGCUACGAAGUCGGCUUUGCUCGGGAGAGCUUCAACGCGCGCCUGAAGGCCGAGGGAGAUGACAAUUCGACAAACCUUUACAUCUCUAACCUCCCCAAGGACAUCACCGAGCCGCUUCUCAUUCAUAUCUUCGACCCUCAUCCCAUUGCCAGCUCCAAGAUCCUGCGGGACUCCAACGGCAACAGUCGCGGCGUGGGUUUUGCUCGCUUCGAGAGUCGGGAGGUGUGCGAGAGGAUCAUCAAGAACUUCAAUGGUCUCAAACUCGGCGUUGAUGCCCAGGAGAUGCAGGUUCGCUACGCCGACACGCCUUCUCAGAAGGAGCUGAAGCGGAUCACGGCUGAGCGUCGUCAGUACCGCACCAAUGAGUACAACAUCGGAGCCUAUGGAACCCACGCCGUUGGCAUGAGCCCCAGCAUCUACCAGCAGGGUUCUUAUGGUAUGCGUCGCUCUGGUUCUGGCGGCGGCAGCUACAAUCACAAUUCUCGCUCGGUCAAUGCCUCUGGAGGCUACAACGGUCACGGAGCUCAAGUCACAGGCCGCGAUAGCGUUCAACAGAACCUGACCGCGCCCCCAACGGUUACCUCGGAUGACGGUUCUGGCGAUGAGGGUGUUACCAUCGUCGACGCUUCGACCACCGGUAAUGUCACUGCUGUCUCUUCGCCUUCUGUCAAGAAAGAACCCAAGAAGGAGAAGGCCUAA